AUGAAAUGCCCACAUAAUGCCUGUCGGGAGGUGGAAGAAGGGGGAUCUGGAGAAGGGAGGCAGGGCAGAGAGCUGCCAUGGGGUAGAGUCAGGUGGAGAGGGCAACCACUGCUGCCAGCUGUAACUCUAACUGCUGUUGUGUCGGUCGAUGGCAAACCAGUGAGACUUCAGCUCUGUGACACAGCUGGUCAGGAUGAAUUUGACAAGCUUAGACCCCUGUGCUACACCAACACGGACAUCUUCUUACUGUGCUUCAGCGUUGUGAGUCCUUCUUCCUUCCAGAAUGUGAGCGAAAAGUGGGUUCCUGAAAUUCGAUGCCACUGUCCCAAAGCUCCCAUCAUUCUGGUUGGGACACAGUCAGACCUCCGAGAGGAUGUCAAAGUUCUCAUUGAACUGGACAAAUGCAAAGAAAAGCCUGUGGCAGAGGAGGCUGCAAAGCUUUGUGCUGAGGAGAUAAAAGCAGCAUCUUAUAUCGAAUGCUCAGCUUUGACUCAGAAAAAUCUGAAAGAAGUCUUCGAUGCAGCCAUUGUCGCUGGCAUUCAGUACGCAGAUACCCAGCAACAACCAAAGAAAUCAAAGUGCAGGACUCCAGACAAAAUGAAAAACCUCUCCAAAUCCUGGUGGAAAAAGUACUGUUGUUUCGUAUAGUAAUUUUAAGGACCUGGUGAAAUCACACAGAAGCUAUAUUAGCUGAAGUCUCAUUCCAUAUUUUCCACUUGUAUAGCAUAGGUACAUAAAAGUAUGUAUAUGUUGCUGUUGGAGAUCUCAGUUGCCCUUUUGAGGUGGAUGGCAGAAUGCUUAGGUAGAUGUUGCCAUGAAUGAGGUUAAGGAUAUUUAGCCCUCACCUCUCUGAUGUCUGAGUUUCCAGGGUAAUUUCUCAUCAAGGAACAAAUGCUCUACAUAUUUGUGAAGUUACAAGCUGUACAAAGAAUUUGACCUUUUGUAUUAUAAUGCAUACAAAAGAGGGAGGAGCAACAGAGGCCUUUGCUGAUUGGGCUGCUUAGAAGAAACAAAGGAAUAUAGAAACAUACAGCUCUAUAGAUGGACACUUUUUUAAAAUAACACUGUGCCUCCUUACUGACAUUUUAGCUUUAAAAACCUGCUCCUUCUCUUUCCCCUACCCCAUCUCUUCCUGCUCCAACCAUAUUUAGAUUAAUGUAAACAUUGGAUAAGAGAUGGACUACUCAAAUGCUAUUGUUUCAAAGGUUGUGCAUAUACCUCUAGUACAUUGUUAGGAAGUCUAACAUGUUUAGCAGUUGACAUAAUUUUAUCUUUAUUAGCAGUCUCCUAAUUUGGAAAUUCUUUAUUUCUGUGCCCUCCUCCCCCUCUGCCUCCCUCCAUUUGUAAAGUAGAUUCCUGAUAAACACAAAAAAUGGGAUAGUAGCAGGUUCCUUUGUAUUUAUACAGACACUAUGAUAGUUCAUUUAUAUUAAUUGAAAGGAAUGCAAAUCAGUCUUAAAAAGGAUGCAACAAAUCUCCAUACAGUACCACAUAAUGUAUCUGUUUCAAGGCUGGAAACAUGAACUUUGGAAUAUCCCUCUUUUCCUUGCUGCCAGUUAAAUGAAAAGGCAGUUUAAUGGUACAACAAACUGGAUGCUAGGAAAUAGAUACUGCUUUGCCCUGAUUAUGGUGCUGUUCUGAACAAGUGAAUGUGUUGUUUCUGUUCAAAGAAAGCAGUUUUUAGAGGCUUGAUCUGGUCUGAGACUGCAUUCUUAAAAUUGGUAGCACCAGCUGGAGAGAUUUUACUGAUGACUCUUUCCUGGAUAACUGCAACAGAUUAAAGGGAAGUGUGUCCAGAAGGAUGAUUUGCCUAUUACAGCAUCAAAUGUGUGACACAAAAAUCUGCUGAAUUCCAGUCUGCUUAGUCUGAGGAUCUGUGGGUUAAUUCAUUUAUUUGCACAAUUCAGUAUUUAACUCUUAGGCUGGUUUCUAAAAAGGGAAUUGGAGACCUUUCGUUUGAAUUGUCUGAUUUCUUUACAGCCUUAAGUUGCUUUUUUUUUCACUUCAGUACUCAACGAUCCGCUCAGGUUCGAGCUUCAUUUUUCCUUUUGGGAGUAGCAUUAACGUGAACUCAUUUUUAUCAUUUUCAAUUAAAUUGGAAUUUUAAAACAAGUUCUUAUUCAUCAUAACAAAAAGAAUGCAUGCUAUAAGAAACAUUGUGGAAGCCAUUUGAAUUGAUAAAGUUGGCUGCAAUUAACCUCCUGGCCUACUUAAAGAAAAUCAUGUUAUGUAAAUACAUUCUGGGAUAUAUUGGCUUAAGUGCCAUGAUAUAUAUAUAUAUAUAUAUACACACACACACACACACACACACGUUUUUUUCUUUGGUGAGGCAAAAUGAGUGCAGAGCACAGUAUUCCACAGCUGAAAACUUAGUUCAAAAUGAAGUGGAUACCUUUACUGAAGUACAUGGAGCCUUGUUCAAUAAAAAUAUGUUGGCUUCUUCACUGUAGCAGCCUGGAAAAUCAGUCUCCAUAGCACAGAAACUGGAUGCAUUUAACUUGGUUGCAUCUGGUCCAUAAUGGCUAAAUUUCACAACCAGUGAACAUAACAGUUGAGCCUUUAGAUUCCACAGUCUAAUGCUAUGACAUUAUCUCAAAUAUAUGCAGUCAAACUGGCCAUUUGUAAAGGACAUAGCCAGGUUUUUCGUGUGUGUGUCCUUUUCUGUGAAAUGGACACAACUGAUUUUAAAACCUGGAUUUGGAGAGGUGGGGGAAGUUGAAAGUGAAAAGCACCCAUUGCACAAAUAACUGAAUUUGUUUCAUAUGAUCAUGAUGCUUUGUAUCCUGCCAUACCGGAAGCAGUAGGUUAUAUUUUAUAAGCAGCCUGUCAUAGUUGGGAAUAGCAUUACCUUUAAAUGUACCCAGCUGUGAUUGUUCCUGAAAAAUGUGACUUGUUAUAGCCCUUUACUAGGUGUAUGUGAACUAAGGUCUAAUAACUUUAUGAAUACUGCUCUACAUGGGGCUACACAAGGUCUAGAUUUAGAAAUGUUACUUUUAAAAUCAUCAGUAUUUUACAAGCUCAAGGGAGGGAAGAUGUCUCCAUGUAGUCUAUAAUCUGAGGUGCCUUACGAAAUUGUCUUCUGUUUCCUAAAUGUAGGCUCUAUUGCAACAAAAAAAAAGGAAAGGAAACCAUUUAAUGCGAGAAUGAUAUAAAUUAAGUAUUUGGAAAUAAAUUCUGAUAUGUGUAUUUGUCUGCCCAUGGGAUCAACCAUUUUAUACUGGACACCUCUGCCUUUCACAGCUUUGUCUUAUAUAACACCCAGUCAGUCCUGGGCUCCAUAACAUAGCCUGAGGGGGACACUUCAUAGAUUUAAUGUCAAGUACUUGAGUGGUGGUUAGCGAAUAAUAACCUGGCUUACUUUCUUUUUAAUGUAUUGAGUCAGAGAUGAGGCUGAACAAGAACUCUGGUUCUCUACCCUCUUCCUCCUUGGAGCACUGUGCAUGUUAGAUGUUAGUUACCGUUCUUGGGUUUCCCUCAGGGCAGAUCUGUGCCAUAUCUGCAAUGCUCCCAAGUCUACCGUGGAGAAGCAAGCCCCACUUCCUGCUGCUGUCCAGGUGAAGCACAGUGAAAAAAAUGUUGCGUUGUUACUGUUAGAACAGUGUUGGGUACACAUAGCGCCACUCCCAGGAGCACAUCCAAGACUGAACUCCUAAGGGUGUGAUUCUGAGGGCACGAGCCAAAAAACCAGCAGGUGCUGAGUGGGAGCAAGUGGGCAGGCCUUGCUUCUCAGCAGCAGUCUCAGGACUGCUGUGCAGGUGAUAUAGACAUGGCCCGUUGGGGCCCUAAACUGGAACACUAAGUCCUGGUGGAUCUGUAUUUUUAAACUUGAUCCCAUUCCUACAGCUCAGGGUUUUCCCCAGCAUGAAAUCUGAUCCUUUGCAAAUAGAGCAAAGGCCAGAUUGACUUCCUCGUUUCACUUUGCAUGUGGUGAUCAGGUACACUGCCACUAGCUCUCCUUCGUUAACAAUGAUACCUAUCAUUUACAGUGUUCUUCAUCUUCAAAGCUCUUUACAGAUAUUAACUAAUAGUUGCACGAUCUUGCACAUGAUCAAAUAAGUACGAUCUCUUCUGUUUCUACACUGCUUAGUUGGCAGAGAGAUGAAGUUAUUUGGCGUAAGAAUGUGCUCUUUUACUGUUGUAUAUUGUGCAAGGAUCCUGCAUCAGGGAGUAAAAUCCCAGUGCUUGGCCCUGUACUGGUGUACAAUAAAAAUCUAGUGUUCACCCUAAGCUGCUUGCAGUCUGAGUCAAGUGGAAGGGAAAAUGAGUGGACAUACUGAACAAAAGGGAAAAGCCCAUGGUAAGCCAGAUACAUGUGCAACUUUGCAGUUAGCCUCAUGUGCUACAGAAGUGAAAAGCUCUAGGGUGGGAUUUGAGGACAUGCUGAGCCUUGCUUUAACUCUGUUUUAGUUCCCAGUAGGCACAUCUACACAUGCAUUUAUGUUACAUUAAAUUUACUGGGCAGUAAGUGGAAAUAGGCCAGCAUCUACAUGCGCAGGCAUUAAAGCACAUUAACGCUGUGUGUGGUCUGACUUGAGACUAAAGUUAGUCCCAAGGUCAGUCACAUGCACAGUGUUACUGCGCAGUAAGUAAUCGGGCAUAAAUUUGAUACCUGCAUGAUGCACGACCAUAUGCUGGCUCAGCAAUUUUAAAGAAAAUCACCUUCCUGGCUCUGAACCAGUUCUGGUCAGACAUGACCUGACCACUUUCAGCUACUGUCAUGUCUUCACUGUGGGACAAUUACUAUGCUAUAAGAUAGUGUCUCAUUCAGCUUAUACACAUGGUUUGUCUUGCACACUAAAAACCCUUUUCUCCAAGUGAAUGAAAACUUUGGCAGCCCCUUGUCCCUGAGAAGAACCUGAUCCAACAGGAAGCUCCCUUGGGUUCAGUGGUGCUGUAAGCAGCUAUUCAACUGAAGUGAGGGUAUUGCUGCCCAAUUUUGAAGCUAGGUGCAUUUGGCAAAGUAGGUUGUUACCUAUGAAAGCUCAUGCCUGUGACCUAGUUAGUCUCUAAGGUACCAGCCUGAUUCCAAGGAUAGAAGGCUUCUCCUUUUUAGUUAUUCUUCCAAGUGUGCACUUAGUCAGAAAGCAGCUCUGAGACUUUUCCCCCCUCUUUUUUUCCUGCUACCCUCUCCUAGAGAGUUUUUAAUAAUGUUAUUUUAAACCAUCUAUCUGUGGACAGCAUGGAGUAGACCCAGCGUAUUAAUCUUCUAUCUGCCCCGCGCCCAACUUGAUUCCCCUAUUUAAAUAAAAAUUUAUAAUAUUAACUUUCUUCCUUUCCUGUUCCUUUUAGGAUUAUGAUGCAAAUGAAAAAUGCUAAAAGGCUUGUUUACCUCAGCAAGCUGCACAGUAAAAAUACAGGGGGGUUGUCUGAACUGUCAGCAAUAUUCCUUUCUAGCAAAUACCUGCUGCUUAAUUGCAUGUGCCGCUGCCUGGGCCUUUGAGGAACGGGUUUCACUUAGCUUACACACAUAAUCAGAAACAUACAAGUCUUUGAAAUAAGAUCAGGCCUUGUCUGUGCUGCUUCGAGUAGAGGAUGCUAUGCUGUAAUGUUGACUCAUGGGAGAGGAAACCACUGUGCUAUUUGUAUGUUAGUUUUCAGGGGGGGAAAGUCCACCUUAUCCAAAUACUAAGAAUCUAAGUAUUUAUCUUCAAAGGAUUUUGCAAAUGUAAAUGUUAUUUGGAUAAAAACAACUAGAGAGUCUCUAGCCAGUUUCCUGCUUUAUGUUGCUGUUCUGGAAAUGCUGCUGUCUUACAUACCCAAACAUCCGGAGAGUGCUAAGUGUGGAUUAAAUGGGUCUGACCAUCCUUUGCACACAAAGAUGUAACUUUGUACACAAGCUUGCUGUUGUGAUCAAAAGGCCCGUUCAGAUGUCUUCCCUGAAACACUGGGUGAGGUGGCAGCUGAGAUUGAUAAGAAUACAUUGAAGUCAGUCCAUUGUAAACAAGGUUUUCCAGGAACACUUAAGAUCUGUGCUGUGUUGUGAUAGAUGGAAAUUCUCAAGAGGGAACUUUUUUUCUUUGAUGGGCUGUGGCACCCUGGGGUGCCUUGCAAUCCCUUAAGGUGCUCUGUAAUAUGUGCAUUGUUAGGUGUUCAAACACCUACAUGAUUCGCAAGAUAAACCCAGAGAAUUUUAAUAGGAAUCCAGGGUGUUCAAAGCAUUCUGACCUGUUGUGGUCUUUCUGAGGUCCUUGCAACAGAAGUGCUUUUUUAUUUUUCCGUAGUUAGAAAAUGAGUGAAAGCUAAAAGCUGGCAUUCUCCCAGGAGUGCUUUGAGUCUAAAAAGUUUGAGAAUCAAUGACCUAAGUGCUUUAAAAGAAGAUAUAAAUUGUCAUUCUGAGGAAGAAAAUAUAUUUUUAACCUAUUUUUUUCAGUUUACUUAGUGCAUUGGAUAGCACCCUGCAUUUGGUGCAAAGCCCAUUGCAGGCAUUGGCCCUGAGAACACUGGCAGCCAUUGGGAACAUUGGCACUGGUUUCAAUGGACUUUGAGUGCAGCCGCUAGUCACAGUGAGGUCUUGUUUUACCCUGCAGACACUUUUAAAUCUGAGAAGUUCUAUUUAAGUACAUUGGAGAACUCAUGCAUAAAUGGUGGCAUAAAAGAAGCCUCAUUCAGUUUUGUGAAGAAAGGUUGGAAGGAAGAAAAAUAAGAAAACCAGAAAAAUUGAAAAGAGAGAUGGGGGGGCAGAAUGCCAGAUACUCUUGCCUUUUUUCAAAAAUCUGGACUAGAUUUCAAGGUGAUAGCAAGCCCAUAAAAACUAGUAAGGUCAACUUAGUUUUAGCAAACCAUAUUAUUGGCAGCUAGUGAAAAGCAUGUAGGCAUAAUAAUGAUUAUGGUUGUUCAUUACCCAUUUAGUUCAGUUCCCAGUGGUAUAAACUGAGCAAAGACAGUUGUCUAAUUUAAUGGAUUUUACCAUCUGAUGCAGAACAGUCCUCAGUACUAAUGAUGUCUUUCUCCAGUGUGUUUUAAUGGGAGAAACAAAUCAAUACAGUGCGUUACAAAGGCAUAAAGCCCUAACCUGGAUUUUCUUAAUUUUUUUUAUUCAACACAGAAAAUAUUUCUAAGGAGUGAGAGAAAUACCAGGCAGUCUGCCUGGCUUUCAAAAGACAACAUCAAUUUCACUGUCCACUUUUACAACCUGUUCUUCUUCACAUACCUGCACAUGAUCAAUAAAACAGGUGCAGGUAGGAAUCCUUGCAACAAUGCCUAGCCCUUCGUCUGUUUUUUAGCACUUUUAACCCAAAUGAACAUACCAGAUGCUUUGGGCUUGACGAUGAUCUCACAUAUUCCAAAGUAAAAAUGAGUGAUUCUAUUGACGUCUGCAGAGUUGCACUGAAGUGGUAACCCUUUAGUUGUCUUGUUAAACCCUUUUGCCACAGUCUCAGACACUUAUCUUACAGUGAAAACAGAACAGGAUUACAUAGCUUUGUUUUUUCCUAAUAGCUUCAUUCCUCAGGAUGCAUGUUGACUCUUUCCUGUUCCUCAAGCCUUUUAUGCUACUUGGGGUGAUCAGUAUCUAGCCUGUCUUCCUAUCCAACCAUCACCCAUAGAUCUUUCCUGGCAAAUUCUCCUGCAAAUUGUGUAACUAAUUUACACAAAGGAUGCAUCUCCCAUGCAGGGGCAUGCUUUUGCAGUGGCAAAAAUACUAGCAGCACAAAUUUGUGCCUCUACUUUUUGCCACUGCAUGCCUCGGCACGUGUAUUGUGGUGUGGGGCAAAAUACCCUGCUUUGUGGAAACUGCUGUUUCCCCACUUCUCCUGGCUCCCAUGUGCUGGAGGACCAAGCCUCUAUAUGUGCUGGUGCAUGCUCCUGUGGCAUGCGUUGUGCCUAGAGAUGACCCUAGCAGGGUGUGGGUCCCAGAGCAAAUCAGCCUGUGUGGGGUCCCCUUUCCCAUCCCACGGCACACUAACAUUGGUAAAUGAACAUCACGGCACAACGGACACAGGGGGAGUGUUGGUAGCUGGAAUUUCUGGUCUGAACAGAGUUAAAGAAACUUCCAACCCAUGGGACGUGCGGGCAGACCGCACAGCAAUCGCGGCAGCCACUGCAAAACAUGGGAGGAGCCAUGGCCUCUCCACUCCGCUCUGUGAGGCUCCCCAAAGCAUGGGGCCCGGGGCAGUUGUCCCAAUUCGCACCCCCUAGGGAUGGCUCUGCCACUUUUUUCACAGCAUUUCCUUUUUUUGGUACUGGGAUUUCCCAGUAGCAAAUUUUGCUCCCUUGCUGCAAAUUUGCAGUAUGGGGCACAUUUUAACAUUCCUACACAUCUGGAUCCAGCCAAAGGAGCUAAUUUACUGGUAAGUAUCUGCCUCAGACAAAUCCCUUGGUACUGCUUGGCUAAGGAAAGGAACAAGCCCUCAGCAAAAGUAAUUCCAACCUAUGCCUCUCCGAAUGAAGUUGUGCACAAGAAUUUUUAAAAUUUGCAUUCCCAGGUCAACCAAAACAUCUGCUUAAAUCUCCAGAUUUGGUCUUCAAAUAAACUUACCAUCUUCAAUUACCCCCAUUUUAAAAAACCUUUAUUCCCUGAUGAUCAUCAUGGCCGCAUCCACACAAGUACACAUAUGAAUUUUGUGGCACUUCCAGCAAUUUGAGGCACCACAAACUGAUGCAAAUGGCACACAGGCUCCUAUUUGCUGUGUUGCUAAUUUGCAGCACGGUGGGUUUUUUUGACAUCGAAAGAUCCUUUUUUGACAUCAAAAGAUUUUUGGUGUAAAACAAAACACUGCUGAAAAAAGUGGCAUGGCGAACAUGGCAGCAGGGUACACUGCCAGAAAGGGACCUGGCUGGACCCCAAUUAAGGCUGCUGCAUAGGUGCUGAUCCCAUCCUCCCCUACCCCACCCAGCUCACUUUGCCCCAUGCUGCAGCAGGUGUGCAGGGGCAUAAAUAUGUGCUGCUGCUAUUUGUCCUGCAGGAAAUGGAUGCCCCUGCAUGUGCACGCUUGUCAGGACGUGCCCAAUGUGUCUAUUUAAAACUGUUAAAUGGGCGGGAUAUGCAAAGAUUGCCUGUGUUUGCUUUGGUCCUGAUGGGUAUCUGUACUUUGAAAAUUCAGCAGGGGUACAAAAACAAAAAACAAAACAAAAAACUCCAAAAAACAAAACUGACAGCAUUUCUUUCACUUCAGUCCUUAUUGUAGUUCUCCACUGAAGGAAGCCUUAAUAACAUUUAUGUUACACAGUGGCUGAAAUAAAUGAACUCUUAAUCUUC